GUCCAAAAUAUAAAAUUUAGAAAAUCACAUGGCAUACACAGUGCUCCUUUAGCUCCAUUGCGACUGACGAAACGCACUGGCCCGCGAACCCUCUUCUCGGAGUCGUGCUAUUUUUUAAUUGUUGUUGCUCUACACUCGCGCAUCUCCUACUCUCUCUCUCCUCUCUCUUUCUCUCUCUAGAAAUUUCUGUAAAAUUGUUGUUAUGGCGGCGGCUUGGAUCGAUCGCAGAGAUCUGUGGAAAGAGAAGGCUCGGUCCUUGCAGCUCCGCCUCAGGGACCGCUUCAGAGUGGCCGUCGACUGGAGGCUCCGCCGCCAUCCCAUCGUCGCCGACGCUUCCUUCUCCGUCACUUUUCAACGUUGGCUCAAGCAAUUCCGUGACUUCCGUAGGGAGUCUCUUCCUUCUUCCUCCACUUUCUACCGCAAACGAGUGAGCAAGGAGUUCAAUGCUGAAGAAGAUUCAACCAUACUUCGAAUGCUUCAAGCUGUGGCUGUUCCUGUUCUUGGAAAUGUCUGCCAUGUGUUUAUGCAUGGAUUAAACCGUAUACAGAUAUUUGGUGCAGAAAAGUUACAUGAGGCAUUGCUAAAUAGACCAAAGGGCAAGCCUCUUAUAACGGUGAGCAAUCAUGUUGCUUCUGUUGAUGAUCCAUUUGUUAUUUCUGCAUUGCUUCCUCCACGCGUUCUUCUGGAUGCUCAGAACUUGAGAUGGACACUUUGUGCUUCAGAUCGAUGUUUUAAAAAUCCUGUGACUUCUGCUUUCUUUAAAUCUGUCAAAGUCUUGCCAGUUUCUCGAGGUGAUGGAAUUUAUCAGAAGGGCAUGGACAUGGCUAUCUCCAAAUUGAAUCAGGGUGGCUGGGUUCACAUUUUCCCAGAAGGUAGCCGUUCUCGAGAUGGUGGAAAAACCAUGGGACAUUCCAAGAGAGGUGUUGGAAGGUUGGUCCUUGAUGCUGACAAUAUACCCUUGGUUGUUCCAUUUGUACAUACUGGGAUGCAGGACAUUAUGCCAAUUGGGGCGAACUUCCCAAGGAUUGGCAAGACGGUGACAGUAAUUAUUGGUGAUCCUAUCCAAUUUGAUGAUUUGCUCAAUUCUGAAGGAGCCAAAAGUUUACCCAGAGGAAAACUACAUGAUGCUGCAGCUUCAAGAAUCGGUCAUCAACUCCAUGAAUUGAAGGUUCAGCUUGACAAAUUAGUUCUUCAACAAGAAUUUGAAUUACAAAAUCGACCUUUUAGGAACACAGAACGAGCGGCUGAGAUUUUGCAGCAGGUUGAUUGGGAAUCAUUUGGUAUGGGGAGCCUUACGUCGAGUGAAGAUGAUAAAGGGACGAAAGAAGAAAUUCAAAUCCAACCUAAGCUAGAGGCUAGUUACCAAAAAGAGCCAUCAUCUUCUGAUUGGCAUUUCAAAGUUGGAUUCUCCGACGAAAGAGGGAUUGCAUCGAGGAUGCAUGGUUUCAUGGACCCGACGGAGUUUAUGAGUUUUGCCGCCAGAGGUUUAUUUAUGAAUCGUAAAUCCCAGAAAGUUUCUAGACCUAGAGAGGUUGGCCCCUUAAAAGCAUGGAAGCAAUUUUUGGAAGCUCAUGCACUACGACAGUAGAAUUAGUACAGGGUGGUGGUGUAAAAUAGAAUUUUGGCUUUCCCGAUAACUAUUAUUAGUGUUAUAGCUCGUCUUUACAUAAAGAGAGAACAAUUUGAUGUAAGUUCCGGAGCCCCAAAAAAAAAAAAAAAAAAAAAAAUCAUUUUUUGUGAUCAUUUGUUUGUUUU